AUGCGUGUUCUGCUUUUCCGGCGCAGCAGCAGGAGAAAUCCUUGCACUCAAACAACGCAGCAGCAGCAGCAGCAGCAGCAGCAGCAGCAAAUCUUCUGCCUCGCUGCUGCCCACGGCGCCAACAGCAGCGCUGAAGGUUGCUGCUCGUGCAGAGGUAGGUCCCAGCAACUGCAGCAGCAGCUGCAGCAGCAGCAGCAGCAACAGCAGCAGCAGCAACAGCAGCAGCAGAAGCAGAAGCAGCAACUGCAACAGCAACGGCAGCAGCAACAGCACUGGAACCCGAGCGUGUAG